AUGCGACUUCUUCGGAGUGUUUACAGUAACGCAGAGCCUAAUACCUAUGGGAAAGGCUCCUGGGGGUACACUGUCCUCCGCACCGUCUACACCGAUGAAUCCGACACGCUCUUCCCCCUUGCAAUGGAGAGAUUGAAGCUUUGGGUGGUUCAAUACUAUGUUCAUCGCACGCGGUUUCCCCUCUGGGGUGACAGGGGCGUGCGCGACUUUAUCAGAAUGAAAGAUGCUUCAGUAAACGAGGAACUUGGCCGUCGGUUUCGUAUCGAGUCUCUCGAAGACAAGGAAGCACUCAACAAGCCGAGGCUUGAAAAUGCCAGCCAUGAUGAUGUCAAAAGUCUCUGCGAGUACUUUAAGAAGUGGGUUAUUAGUGUAGGCGGUCGACCCGAGGCGCACGAAUGGAACCCGAGACUCUACGACUUUCUCGUUAUUGACGAGCCUUGCAUGCGUGUUCUGGCCGCGUUGCCGCUGAGAACGGCUCCACUUCGCGUUCCAGUUGACUUCCUGGAGAAAAGUGAGUGGCUUAGGGAGUCCGACAUGGCCUAUGUGUGGUUGAUAGACUGGAGAGCUGUCGAACGUUGGUCUGGUGAGAAGGGGAGUGAGUACAUGGAAGAUGAGAUUCAUCGGGGGUGGACGACGCAUCAAGCUAUUUUCAUUGCCGACACGUGGUUCCAGAGAGCCAAAUAUAUGGACAUGGAAGACUGGAUUAUAGGAUAG